CAGACUCUUCUAAAAGGAAAUCCUCACGGUGGUGCCAGGAUAUCGACUGCUGGUUGCUGGGGCAUUUCUUAGGGCCGUCCCAUCUGGAGCAUAUUCAUCCGUCUUCUCUGCCCAAACAGCGUCAACUGGCUUCAGCGCUAGAGUUGUUGUUUAUUGGCUCUUGAUUUAUCGUAAAAUGGCCUUGACAAUGAAAACAUUCAUAGCGCUGUGCGGCUGCCUCUCGACGCUGACGCUGGUAACACUAUGGGUUCUGCACAACCGCCACCCCAACUUCGAUGGUCUCGUCUGGGUUGGCCUGCGGAAAGAGUGGUUUCCCAAACUCAGAACGAGUCUACGCUACAAGCGUGAGGGGUUACGGAUCGUCGAUGACGGGUAUCGAAAGUUCAGCAAGCAUGGAAAACCCUUCGUCACCCCGUUAUCAACAACCAAACCCAUGGUGGUUGUGCCGCCGUCUGAUAUCGAAUGGCUAGCGAAACGACCCAGAUCGGACGUCCUGCCGCCUCAGAUGGUCCUCCACCCGGAGCUGGUGCACUACUACUUUCCAAAGAUGCCCGCUGGGGAGUUCACGCACAUGCCGACAAUCAACGUCGACCUGAAGAAGAUCACGCCGGAGAUCAUCUGGCGACAAGUCAGCGAAAGCGUGCCCGUUAGCUUCGACGCCGGCGUGUCCAUUGACAAGGCACGCGGCGGCGACGAGGACGACGACUGGCAGACCAGAAACCUGUUCGAAAUCUUGGGUGGCAUUGUCGGCCGCGUCUCUGUUGGCAUCUUCCUGUCCAAGAGACUCGCUCGCGAUUCGACCUUUAUCGAAACCAUCAUCAUGUACGGGUUGACGUUCAACAGCUUCCCGUACCAGCUCCACGAUGCCAUUCCCAAGCCCCUCCGGCGUUUCUACGUGCCCUUGAUCGCGGCCCCGUCGCGGUACUACCUGCAUAAGCUCCACAGGUGGCUGCUGCCGCUCAUCCAGCAGCACCUCGAUGGCGAAGAGGCCGACGAGGAUCGAGACACCGUGCUGUACCACCACGUCAAAUGGGCGCAGAAGUCGGCCGACCCGCAAGACCGGGAUCCCAGGGUCAUCAUAUCACGCCUGGUGUUGAUGAUCGCCGCACUUGCGCUCCCAACCCUCUACCAGAGCCUGAGCGACUCCGUGACCAACCUGACGCGGCAGUCCCCGGACGGUGAGGACUGCUUUCAAGCGGUCCUUCGACGGGAAGUAGACGAGCUCCUGGCAGAGGCAUCGGAGGAUAUUCCGCCCAAGGGGUACGCUCUGCGCCUCGUCCACAUGAACUCCUUUCUGAAGGAGACACUACGCUACCACACGUUCAACGGGUUUGGUCUGGGCCUGAACCGGGAGGUGGUGGCAGAGAAGGGCCUGACGCUGCCAUCCGCCAAGGACGGCCCGAUACUUCCCAAGGGCACAUGGUUGAGCGCGGCGUACGACGCCAUACAUCGCGAUCCGGAGAACUACGAGGCGCCGGACGAGUUCAUGCCAUGGCGCUUCGUGUCCCCGAGCGGUGACAACACGGCCGACGUGACGGAUACAAGCGACACGUGGCUGCCCUUCGGCAGGGGGAGAGAUACGUGUCCCGGGCGGUUCUUUGCCGCGGAUUACAUGAGGUUGGUCAUGUUGUAUCUCGUACAGAACUUCGACGUUCGUGCGCCGGGUAAACUGCCAAAGGGAUCGGCCCCGUCGAUUGAUAUCAGACCCCGGGGGGCACGAUAGCGACAGUUCAAGUGUGGAACUGGGCGGUAGACAUUUUCACCAGGGACAGCUCUCUUAGGCUUAAAUUUGGGUUAAGAAGGACAAAUAGACCUACGAUAAUGUACCGACACGCUUACUACAUAAACUUCACUCACAUAGUCAUCUUCGGACGGCACUUGUGCUUUUUGUUCCAUAUAUCAUGGGCUCUACUGAAAGUAAAAAAGGACGUUUCUCCAUUGUUUCUACUUGUCUUUUUUGACCAUCAC